AGAAGCAGCAGGAGGAGGAGGGAGAGUGUUAGAGCUAAAACCAAAUAGAGUUGGGUGAUUGAACUUUCUUGUUUAGUUUCCCCAGCGCAGCAGCCUAUACUGUGGCACAGACAGCCCAGCCCAGGAUUGCCCGGCCAUUCAUAUCUUCAUUCAUCUGCUGCCCAACAUGUGGCUGAGGGAGCCAGGCUGCCGGUCUCUGCUGACCUUUAUCUUGUGGAUUACCUUGGUGUGGGGGAGCCGAUGCGCUGCUACUGCCACUGCUGCUGCUGCAUCUUCCCGCAAACAGGACGAGUCGCUGUCGGCGCAGAGUAUCUACAGAGCCAGAUGCACAUCCAGGUGCCUCAGCUUGCACAUCACCCGCAUCUCUGCCUACUUCAAGCACUUCCAGAAUAAUGGUUCCUUGAUUUGGUGUCAGAAUCACAAGCAAUGUUCAAAGUGUUUAGAACCCUGCAAAGAAACCUGGGAUUUGAGAAAGAAUAACUGCCAUAAUCUCUGCGAGCCGCUUUUCCCCAAGAAGCACUAUGAAUGUUUAACCAGCUGCGAGUUCCUGAAAUCAGUUCUGUCAGUGAAGCAGGGAGAUUGCCCCGCUCCGGAGAAGGCCAGUGGCUUUGCGGCUGCUUGCGUUGAAAGCUGUGAUGCCGAUAAUGAGUGCUCAGGGGUGAAGAAGUGUUGUUCCAAUGGAUGUGGCCAUACGUGCCAAGUUCCUAAAAAUCUGUACAAAGGUGUCCCUUUAAAGCCUAGGAAAGAGCUUACCUUCGAUGAACCACAGCCUGGACACCUGGAUAUUAAAUGGUCUUCUAAAUUCAAUAUUUCAGUUGAGCCAGUGAUCUAUGUGGUACAAAGGCGAUGGAACUAUGGCAUCCACCCAAGUGAGGAUGAUGCAAGUAACUGGCAAACAAUGGCACAGAUAACUGAUGAAAGAGUGCAGCUCUCUGAUAUCAGACCAAGCAGGUGGUACCAGUUCAGAGUUGCUGCUGUCAAUGUCCAUGGUACCCGGGGUUUUACGGCACCAAGCAAACAUUUCCGUUCAUCCAAAGAUCCUUCGCCUCCACCAGCUCCAACAAAUCUCAGGAUCUCCAAUUUAACUACAAACAAUGAGGGGACUGUGUCCGUUAGGAUCACAUGGGAUCUCCCAGAGGAGCCGGAUAUCCCUGUGCACCAUUAUAAAGUCUUCUGGAGUUGGACAGCUAACAGGAAAUCUGUCGUCCCAGCUAAAAAGAAAAGGAGAAAGACAACAGAAGGGUCUCAGAACUCUGUGGCUUUGGACGGUCUCCAAGCAAAUAGCAACUACAUGGUUGAGCUGCAAGCCAUCACCUAUUGGGGACAAGUGCGCCUGAAAAGUGGCAAGGUCUCACUCUACUUUUCCACCAGCCCCCCAAGCACAAGCUUGGAUCAAAUAUCAAAAAUAAGCAAAAUGAAGACCGAUAUAUUAGCACCGCCCCAAAGGAAGCGAACUGCUCGCAUGUUGGAAAUCGGGGCUCCGUUCUACCAAGACAAUCAACUGCAGGUCAAAGUAUACUGGAAAAAGACUGAAGAUUCAAUGUUAGGGCUCUACCAUGUCCAGUGGUUUCCUGAAUCGUGUGCACAUAAUGAGACCAAAGGGCCAGAAAAAGCAGUAACUCAAGAUCAUCAUAUAGUACUACCGGCUCUGUUGUUUUCCUGCAAAUACAAAGUAACUGUACAUCCAGCAAGACCCAAAGAUCAUUUAAAGGCUGAAAGUAUUUUCUUUACAACACCACCCUGUUCAACACUAAAAGGGAAAACCCACAAGCAAAUAAAUUGCCCAUCUGAUACAGCUCCAGUUGUCUCCAAGGUACUUGCAAAACCUGAAAACCUCUCUGCAACUUUCAAUGUACAAGAGGCUAAUAUUACUGGAUACUUUUCUUGGCAACUCUCCAAAGUCAAUCUUCAUCAGCCUAUGACAGGCUUUCAAGUCACAUGGGCAGAGGUAACAACAGAGAGCCGACAGAACAGUUUGCCAAACAGCAUCAUUUCUCAGUCCCAGAUAUUGCCAGCGGAUCAUUACAUGCUGACAGUUCACAAUCUUAGACCAUCAAUGCUUUAUAAAUUGGAAGUCCAGGUACUGACGACCGGAGGAGAAGGCCCAGCAACAAUAAAAUCUUUCCGAACACCAGAUGUUCUGCCCCCUCUACCUCACCGGCCUCAUCUUAAACAGCACCGACCUAACCACUUCAAACCAUCCCCAGAGAAGUACUGAACACAUACUGAAUUACAGCCAUCUUAGAAAAAAAUUGUGCAUGAAAAAAAUACAGGAAGAAACGAUGGAAGCCAUUGGCGGGAAGAAUUUCUUGAGCAUAUCAUAGGUUGAUGGUUGAAUCAAUAUGUCCUCAGCUAUGAUUUCUCGUCAGUUCCCAGUAUGCAAUGCGUAGCACCUCCUUUCAUCAUACUGACGGUUACUCUCAGCUACUAGUGUCUCCCUUUGUUCCUGUAUUUCAAUAAGACUUUCAAGGUGCAAUUUAUUUCAUGAAUAACAUCGGUAGUUUAUCUGUUUGUGAAUACUACAUAUUGUAUAUAUGACGUAAACGUUUCAUAAAAUAAUUUUUCAGGAACUUGAGGAAAAAAAUUAAAAUGAAAGCAAUAAUUUACCUAAAUAUCAUAGACAAUGCUUUGUCAAGGACAGAGACUAAGGUGUUAGCAUGAUCUUAUGCUACAUGGCCCAGUGUUAUGAGAUCACUAAAUACAACAUUGUUUUUUUGGGUGCAGUUUUUAUGCAAUAAUUAUGCAUUAAAUUGGAAGUUAUAGAGAUGCACAGACUGGCAGACAACUGUGCGUUUCUGUGAGGCAAUACCAUUGCUUUGGUCCUCAAACUAUGUCUUCCAAAUUUUCCAUAAUAUAAAGGCAAAUUUGAAGUAAAAAAGAAAUGACUAGUUAGUUUGUGGGGAUAUACUACAUAUACUUGUAUGUAUGUAGGGUGUAAUGUAUUGCUGGACUUCACUCCUUUCUCUAUUACACUUUUUUAAUUUUAAUAAUGUAGCAUUUCUACUAUUUGCAUAGGUAAAACAUUACUAUCAAUGGUAUUUCUCUUCUUUAAAGAUUUGGUGAUAUUCUGAGCUUUUAGAAGGAGCCAGCACUUCACAAUGCAACUGCUUUGAGAUAAGCUAUUGUUUCUCUAACUCAAUGUAACUGGAGGAGUCAUGGUCAGACUAGGGUCUGUUACUAUUGAGUGCUGCUCUCAUAUCUACCACUAGGUGGGGCAUGGGUAGAGCUAUUAUCUUGUUAUCUUUCCAUUGUUCUGAUUGGAUGCUGGGAGGGGGGGAACACAGGGGUGAUGAUAACACUCCAACUUGCAGCAGUAAAGAGUGACUGAAAUUUUUCAGAGCAUAAGUCACGCAGCUAAGAGCACCUGGAAAACUAAGAACAUAGCUAGCUCCACAGAUUCAAAAUGAAAUAUAUACAAAAAAUCUCUUUUCUCUUUUAAACAGUGGAUUUCAAUGCAGAAUUGCGCUGGAGGAGUGCUAUUAACUGAUGCAUUUUGUGAAAAAAACUUGUUUCCUAUGACAGAAUCCCUUUAAGAAGCUUAUUCUUAACAGUUUUGCCCUUAAGGUCAACAACUAAAAUGUUUGCUACCCAUGUUUCAGCACUGCCGAGUCCUUGUUACACAGUAUGCAUUAGGUGAAAUGAUAGCGUAGUAUGAACAGUACCUGCAAUUUAUACAUUGCAAAGAAUGAAAUCUCUUAAUAAUAACAUUUAUAUUAUGUGCCAAGAGGAAAAUGUAAACAUUGAAACUACAUAUUAUAGUCAUUUACACAUGUAAUAUACUCAUCAUUGGAACAUUGUUGAAGGCUUUGUAGGCUAAUAAAUAGGCAAUGUGUUGGUAAAUGUAUUUGAACUGAAUGCUUUUGAAUGUGAACUUAGGUUUUGAAUUAAUAUAGCACAUUUUAAUAUUUAGAUACUUUAUAAACCAAAAAAAUGUACACACACAAGCCCCACACUUACUGUGUCUUAAGUGUUAAUGCUGACAUGGCGUUUGGGGACUGUAUCAUUAAGUAUCUUUGCUGAAUUGUGCUUAGUAACAGGGAACAACUAUGCUGGCAUAGUUUAAUGGUACAUCAUAGCUUUAUGGAGGGUUGUCCCACUAAGAAGAGUUCUGUUUAGCCCCAUUUAGUUGACUAUGUCCCUUAUGCAGAGCAGUCAACCCCCCCCCCCCCUAUUUUUUUGGGAGUUACCUUCUUUCCCCUGGUCUACCCUCACCCAGUAUUAUUCUCAAAAUGUUUUGGCUAUCUUCCAAAAUUUGCGUCAAAUUAUGCGCAGUAAGCAAUCAGUUAUGGUUUCCAAAGUAUUUGCGCAUGGGGAGGAUGCAGUUUUUCGUCAUCAACUGGGCAUUUGCGCAUGUAUGACGUCACUUCCGGAAGCGCACAUGUGAACAUGACGCCAUUUCUUUGUAUCAGCAUCCCCUGCCUUCACUACACUUAAGGUUGACACCUCUGUGAAUGAAACAAGUGUCCACACUCCUCUGGCAUUUCUGCUAACGUAUGGGGAUACCCAUGGGAGAUGAUGAGUAAGGUUGUGUUCAGCCAGUCCAAAUAAAAAUAGCAGUAAUUUAAUGUAGUGGGAUCCAUUUUAUUUAACCAAGACUGAUACCAUGAUGGCUAUAAAAAAUAUAUUUUUAAAUAUAUAUAUAUAUAUUUAUCCAAAUUCAUAAUCAUUAUAAAGUCCUUUUAAACUGAAUUUAAAAUCACCAUUUAAUAUUUCAGCUCAGUAUAAAUAAUUAUAAUUCUGUCUUUUUCAUCAAUAAUCUGUCCAAAUAGCAUGAACAGUCUUAGGUAAAUAGUCAUGUGUAUUCAUCACCUUCUAUAGUGUUGUAAUGCAAAUAACGGUAAAGGCACCUAUGCUAUAACUGUAAUAAUGUGAUCAAACUGUUUUGGGAGUAUUUUUGUCCUUUUUUACCAGUGUGCUUUCUAGGAGGUAAGAGAUGGUAAAACCAUUAUUACCAGUAAAAUCAGUGGUCCCAGGUAUUGAAAUACACACAAAAAUCUUUCUGCUAGAAAAUGUUAUCAAGCAUUGUAGCCCAGAAUAAAGGGUAAUAAAAAGGCAUACAUUGUUUAUGAUUUCUAAAAUGUGUUUAAAGGCCUAAUCUAAGAAGAAAAACUGUAUAUUCACUAUACAUUUUCCUCUACUAUAUCAUCAGAUUAAAUUAGUCACUUCACAUCAUGAAUUACACAUCUGAAUAGAGAAAGUUACCUUCCUUGGACUCUUAUAUUAAACCUUGUGUAUCUUCUCGUUCUGCAAAAAAGUCCUACCCUCUAUUUAGUAACAAUGUAUUAUGUCUUAAUAUGCAUGCAGUGAUGCAUGGAAUGUAGUGCUAUCCUUUUGAACCACUGCAUGGGAAGACCAUUUUUAUAUCCAAUAUGGCAUUGUUUUUGGCCCUGUUGCACUGUGUUUAUUUAACUAGAGACAUUGGGUAGUUGGGAAGUGGAGUGUUUUUGUUUUAGGAUUCCGAAAGUAAGGGAAAAAUCAUUGUGGUCCAAUACUCAACGUUGCAGAAUUGCAUCUUAACAUGCAAACCAUGCAAAGAAGACAUUAAUUAGACAAAAGACUUUUAGUAGGGUCACCUAAUAUGUUCUUCUUACUUCUAAGGAAUUUUUGUUUGAUCUUAAUAUUUUUUGGGGGGGAGGGGGUGGUUUCAUAGACUUUGCUAUUAAACGCUUAAUUGGUUUCAGAAUAGUGGGGGUAAUUUAUCAACACUGAUCAAAUUUAUCCAUUGGCAGUAACCCAUGGCAACCAAUCAAAUUGUUGCAUAUAUUGUUUAAUUGCAGCUGGCUGAUAAAAGCCAAUCACUGAUUGGUUGCUAUGUGUUACUGUCCAUGGGCAAAUUUGCCCAGUUUUGAUAAAUGACCCCCACUGUCUAGGAGCCCAAGCAGUAUGAUUACACAACCCUUGUGGUCUUGAGUUUAAAGUCAGAAUAUUGCACAAAUGUUGUCUAGAGCCAGAAAUACUGUGCUGGGAAAGUGGGGAAUAAACCUGAUUUUUUUACAAAAUGUGUUUGAAAAAACAUGUAGAAAGAAACUGAAAAAAGUAAUUUGUUGAAGACACCAGGUUUUAUAAUGGGGGAGCAGCCUUUUAACAGCCCACAGACAAUGUCUGUUAUUUCUUUUAUUUGAAUUUCAUAUUACAGAAAUGUAGCUGGUUCAUUACAAAACUGCGUAGUGUUCAUUGAAUGUAUGGGUAAAUAUUGUCAACAUCAUUCUAUCCAUGGUUGUAACCUAGUUCUUGUAUGAAGUGUACUAUUUUUCUUCCUUCCUUUUCUCUGGUAUUUAUUAUACCCCCUUACUGGGGUGCCUUUUAUGGUCCCCAUUACAAAUGUACAUGUGUUAACUCAAUAUUUUUAUUGAUGUUAUGCAAUAAUAUAUAUCGUAUCCAUUUCAACUGUGUGAAUAAAAUGUUGCAUGUAUGGCAAAUACCAUUGUUAUCAACUGUAAAUGAACUCAUGCAAAUGUUAAUUCUAUUGGUUUGCAUGUCGAGAUGUGUCAUUGGUCAUAAGCAUGAUUUUGAAAAAAAAAAA